AACAAGGCAUACCUUGGCAUUCUAAAGAGAUUAAAGUUCACUGUGAGUCAAGUCUCUGUUGUAUUGACUCAUUCACUAUGCAGAGAUGUAAAACAAUUGAUUCCAUCAGUAUGAAGCCAGAUAUAAAGGAACACCCUAGAAAAGAAAAAAGAGUAGAGUAGAAAUGUAGCUGUGAUGUGUACAGAUGUGUAAGGAUGGGAAAAUCUGUAAAGGAGUAAGUAGAACUGUCAUCGACCCGAAUAACAAUUGCGGGUCAGUGAUUGUGGUUGCAGUGGUUGUUUUCUAUGCAAUCUGCGUAAUGCAUUGAUAGUUGUCAGUACAUCCAAUGGUAAACACGCAAACAGGAACUGCUAAUAGCUCAUUCGGCGGACUUAAUUUUCCAAUAUGUAAACAAACAUAGGAAAAAGGUUGGGAAAACGAGGCUCUAGUUGUAGCCCAUAUUAAAACUUUGGGAAUCCAUGGCAACUAUACUUUCGGUUUACAUCUGUGAAGCGAGUAAAGACUUUCAAAUGAUUGCAGCUGUAUUAUUCAAAAGACUUUGUAGGGGGGAAAAAAUGAUUAUACUGAUAGUGAAAAUUACAAAAAAAAAAAAAAAAAAAAAAAAUCUGUCUACUUUUACAUUUACUGAGCACUGCCAGCUAGACGUCCGCAUUCCUCAUAUGUAUCCAUGGUAACAGCUUCUACUGUUGAUCAUCCCAAGAUGGCGGACCAAGAGGUAACCACGGCGCUCCCAGUUUCUACUGAAGCCAAGAAACGACGGGCACCCAAAGCCCCAGAGCUUCCCAUUGUGGAGAGGAGAAAUUGGCUAAUCCACCAGCACUAUAUCCGCAAAGACUAUGAUACCUGUAAGGCAAUCAUCAAAGAACAACUCCAGGAGACUAAUGGAAUGUGUGAAUAUGCCAUAUAUGUUCAAGCACUAAUCUUGCGUCUUGAGGGCAAGAUCCAACAGUCCCUGGAGCUGUUUCAGAGCUGUGCCAUCCUUAAUCCCAGCAGUGCUGACAAUCUCAAGCAAGUGGCCAGAUCCCUAUUUCUCCUGGGAAAGCACAAAGCAGCCAUUGAAUUCUAUCAUGAAGCUGCAAGACUCAACGAGAAAGACUGGGAGAUCAGUCAUAAUCUGGGUCUGUGCUAUUUCUUCAUCAAAGACUUCAAAAAUGCUGAAGAGCAUCUAAACAUAGCUCUACAGAUAAAUAAACAUGACAAGACUUUCAUGAUGCUUGGGAAAGUUCAUUUGCUGGCAGGAGAAACUGACAAAGCCAUUGAAGUGUAUAAGAGAGCAGUGGAAUACUCCCCAGAGAAUACUGAACUCCUGACUACUCUUGGCCUGCUGUAUUUACAGCUUGGGAAAUACCAAAAAGCAUUUGAGCACCUUGGAAAUGCCCUCACUUUCGACCCCAACAACUAUAAGGCCAUCCUGGCUGCAGGCAGUAUGAUGCAGACCCAUGGUGACUUUGAUGUGGCCAUGAACAAGUACCGAGUAGCGGCAUGUGCUGUGCCAGAGAGCCCCCCUCUCUGGAACAACAUCGGCAUGUGCUUCUUUGGGAAAAAGAAAUAUGUAGCUGCCAUCAGCUGCCUGAAACGGGCCCACUACUUGUCUCCUUUUGACUGGAAAGUGUUGUACAACUUGGGUCUAGUUCACCUGACCAUGCAGCAGUACGCUUCAGCCUUCCACUUCCUCAGUGCAGCCAUCAACCUGAACCCUCGGAUGGGGGAACUCUAUAUGUUGCUGGCAGUGGCCCUGACCAACUUGGAGGAUGUCGAGAAUGCCACCAGAGCGUAUGAACAAGCUGUGACUCUGGACGAAUCCAACCCUCUGGUUAACCUGAACUUUGCAAUCUUCCUCUAUAAUCAUGGUGACAAGAAGGGAGCUCUGGAUCAGUAUCAGGAGAUGGAAAGGAAAGUCAACCUGCUUCGAGACAGCAGUAGCAACUUUGAAUUUGAUCCGGAGCUGAUGGACAUGGCUCAGAAGAUGGGAGCUGCCCUGCAGGUGGCAGAUAGUCUGGUGUGGACUAAACCAGGCAAGGACUCCAAAUCAAAACCAAACUCAGCAGCAGCCACCAAAACCCCUGGCGCGCCCCUCGGUACUAACCAAGCCCUGGGUCAGGCCAUGUCUUCUGCUGCAAGCUACAACAAGAACAUCCAGCUACCAACAGGAGUUUCUAAAGGCCCCUCCAUGCCCCUUGAGCCAGAACCUGAUGUGGACAAAGCCCCCAGCCCGCCCACUGAUCUUCCAGGUUCACCAGAACCCGCAGAGUCAGACAACCCCAAAUCCAGAACCUCCAAGAGGAAAACUAAGGUGGAGGAAUGAAUUAGCUCAGUGGCUGCAAUCUUGCUUGACAUCUUUGUCAUUAGAUCAGUCUCAUGUUACAGGGGAAAAUUAAGGUUCUUAAACAGCAACCAAGCUAUUUGUGGUUUUCUAGCUCACUGUAGUUAGACAUGAAGUUUUGAUUUAUCGGCUUCUGGUUUAAGUUUAUGCACAGACAUAUCAUGUCCUACACAAUAAUUUAUUUCACACUGAAAAGGGAAAGGUCACUGCUCACCUCUACCAUUCCAUUAAUUUCAGAAAUAUUGAAUGUGAGUUCAUCGCUUAUCACCUCUUAAACCAAAAUUCGGACACAAUCAAGUGUUUCUUGUAAAUGUUGAUGUGGCAGGUUCAGUGUACAUGUCAAAACCAUUCCAAUAGAUGUUGCAGUUAAAGAAUGUCUGUAUUCAACAACAUGGAAAUAUUGGCAUUUGUGCAGUUGCAAGUCUUAAUACUUGGAUAAGCUUUGCAGUGAGAUUAAAUGAUGAAUUGUCCUUGUAUUGACACUUCUGGGGUAGGUAGCAGUCCUUCAGCUGCUGUGUAUCCCUGCAGCUAAAUACAUGUGAAGCUAAUGCUGCGACAAUCACUAAAAUCUGAGGACAGAGAGGGAUGUUUUUGAAUAGUUAGAGGAUGUUGUUUGUUUGUUUGUAUGAUAGGGCUCUUUUUGAGGGUUGAGUGUAAAUAGUGAUACAUGCUUUUAUAUGUAGAUAAAUGUAAUGUUUAUAGAGAGUAAUGUAUUUAAUAUUAAAGAAGAGAGUUUAAAUGAAA